UUCCCCGCGCACCGUGUAACUGGUUCGAUACUUCGGCGUUCAUGCCAAAUAUUGCUGACAGCCGAUACAGUGGAGCCUUCAGCACUCCAAAGUGAGCAGAUUCUUGUCGUCCUUCCAGAUGCAUCGGUCCAACCCACUUCUGUUCAACCUUUCGCUUGGCGCAAACCACCAACAACAUGCGGGAUAGCAGGUUAAAGUUCAUUAGUAGAAACUUUCCGCAGAGCCUCACUCCCACGUCGGGUGGAAUUUGACAGCGGCUGGUAGAGAUAAUGGAGGCGUUCGCAACAAGGAUGAAGGACCCGGCCUUGCAUACGCGGAAACGCCAACUCCGUUGGCAUCAUCUCGCCCAAAGAUGGGGAAACGAUAUUCGAGUGGGGGUUGCGUGGAGUAACCACUUGCUAUUUCAAAAUCUCUGGGAUCAUCCGCAGUACUUCGUACCUAAGAGAGCAGUCCAAAUUCCUAAUGAUCACAAGAAUCUUUGGUAUCAAGUUAAAAUUUUGUUCUCAGUCUUUACUCUGCAAACAGAAACUCACAAUGUCGGGGCAUUGGACGCCAGUGAUGAAUGCGACUCCACAAGAGGUCCAAGAGUCCUAGCUUCUGCAACAUUUGCAUUCCGCCUGGACGACCGUCAGUUCAGAUCGACAUGGAGUGACCUUCGCUGGAGGAAGGCAGCUUUGAUGGUCGGUCAUUUCAUUCGUAGUUCUCGACCCUGGGCGCAGGCACGCUUGGACCCAGGGAGGAGAAGUGCUUCUGCGAAGCAAUUGCGAAAGCUAGACCUGCUAUGCCAGCGCUGGAGACAACGACCUUUUUGCCUGCCACGAAAGGUAUGCGAGCAUCUGCCAUAAUUCCAAACAGAGUCUUUGAACGGGGAGAGAAUAGCGGUUGAACCACUCGAAGUAGUGAUUAACACCAAUGCCACACAUAUGAGGGCGUGGGGCCAAAUUUC